AUGGUGGGGCCGCUUUGGGGUACCCCAAAGCCCUGGGUUGCCCCUGAGUCCCUUCGUGCCAUCCACAUCCUGGGAGUGUUCAGUAGGGCAGCCGACGAGCUGUCUCGAGCAGCACUUCCAGGUGAGUGGAGACUCCACCCCCAGGUGGUUCAGCUGAUCUGGAGACGGUUCGGAGUUGCUCAGGUAGACCUGUUUGCAUCUCCAGAAACCACCCAUUGCCAGGGGUUCUACUCCCUAAGCGAGGCAACACUCUGCACGGACGCACUGGCACACAGCUGGCCCCGGGGCCUGCACAAAUAUGCGUUCCCCCAAAUAUUUAUAGGAAACAGUGACACAGACACAGUGGUCCAACACAAACUCCCUCACUCAAUCAGAACUCGAUAUAUGCGUCUUUUGCCCCUUGAGGGAAGCCCCAAAGGAGGAAUGGGUCUACGGCUAGAGGUCUAUGGCUGCACAUACAAGUCCGACGUGGCUGACUUCGACGGCCGCAGUGCCUUACUCUACCGGUUCAACCAGAAGUCCACCAGCACAGUGAAAGACGUGAUUUCCCUGAGAUUCAGGAGCCAUCAGGCAGAAGGGGUUCUGGUUCAUGGAGAGGGACAGAGAGGAGAUUUCCUCACUCUGGAGCUUCAGAGAGGAAGACUCAUUUUACAUCUCAAUUUGGAUGAUGCCAAGCCUCAGUCUACUGGUCGUUCUUCUGUCAUGCUAGGAAGUCUGCUGGACGACCACCACUGGCACUCUGUUCAAAUUGAGCGCUUUAACAAACAUGUCAACUUUACAGUGGAUGGACACACGCAACACUUCCGCAGUCCGGGACAAGAGGACACACUGGAGAUAGACUAUGAGCUCAGUUUUGGAGGAAUCCCUUUGCCUGGUAAGCCUGGGACGUUUCUCCAUGAAAAUUUCCACGGCUGCAUAGAAAACCUCAACUACAAUGGCGUCAAUGUUAUAGACAUGGCAAAAAGACGGAAGCCGCAGAUCUAUACAGUGGGCAACGUGACAUUCUCAUGCUCUGAGUCUUCCUCAGUCGCUGUGACAUUCCUCGGUUCCACUGGCAGCUUCCUGAUGCUUCCCGCAGAUUACAGUAUGGAGAGUCUCUCUGUACGACUGCAGUUCCGCACAUGGAAUCAGGAAGGGCUGCUGUUCUCAGUCCCGAUGUCUCUUGAUCCGGACCCCAUUAACCUGCUUCUGCAGCUCAGCCAGGCUAGGCUACUCCUCUCACUCUCUGGAGGGCCACAAAACUCUGCUCAGGUGUUCAGCGGUCAGAAUUUGAGUAAUGGACAGUGGCACUCCAUAGCCAUCGAGGUCAAGGGUCAGAAGGUGUCUUUAACAGUCAACAACCAGAAGCCCGUCACUGUGGAAAUCAGUGGGCUUAUCCAGAACAUGCAAAGAACAACCAUCUUCAUCGGAGGCUGCCCUUUAUUCCAGAGCGAUUUCAAUUGUGAAAACCCCAACAGAGGAUAUCAGGGCUGCCUUCGUCUCCUAUUCAUCAACAACCAUCCAGUCGACGCACUUCAGAUUCAGCAGGAAAGCCUGAGCAACUAUAGUCAGAUUAGCUUUGAUGUUUGCAACAUACAAGACAGGUGUUUGCCCAAUCUGUGCGAACACGGUGGUCAAUGCAUCCAGUCAUGGGACCAGUUUUACUGUGACUGUUCUGGAACAGGAUACACGGGAGCCCCCUGCCACAACUCAAUAUAUGAGCGAUCCUGUGAGGCCUUCAGGAAAACAGGAAGCCAGUCAAGUGUGUUUACAAUCGACCUUGAUGGGAGCGGACCUCUAGAGCACACUCAAGUCAACUGCACCAUGGCAGGUGUGACCUCAGCAUGUGUGGGGGACUGCCUGGAGAAAUCACACAUCUCAUUAAAAGAUAAAGUUUGGACCGUAGUGGGGCACGAUCACAUGAGGAUCAUUGACAUUCGAGGAUCCACUCCACGCAGCCCUUUUGUUCUCAUCUUCAGCUACACCAUCUCGCCGUACCAUCUCCGCUCGCUUGUGACCUCCUCGGAACACUGCCAACAGGAAGUGAAAUAUCGUUGCAGAAAGUCUCGGCUUUUUGACACCUGGGAUGGAACUCCUCUGUCAUGGUGGCUGGAUAGAGAUGGAGUGAAACGAACAUAUUGGGGAGGAUUUCUGCCUGGGGUCCAGCAGUGCUCUUGUAGUUUGGAUGGCAACUGCAGGGACAUGAAUUAUUUCUGCAACUGUGAUGCAGACCAAGACACCUGGGCAAAUGAUACUGGUGUGCUGUCUUACAAAGACCAUUUACCCCUUAGUGAGAUCGCCAUUGGAGACACAAACCGGACAAACUCACAGGCCGAGCUCCAAAUUGGACAGCUGCGUUGCUAUGGCAACCGAUUUUUCUGGAACUCUGCAUCUUUUUACCAGGAAUCCUCCUAUCUGCAUUUCCCCACCCUGCAAGCUGAACUGAGCGUCGAUAUUUCACUCUUUUUCAAAACUAGUGCUCUCUCAGGAGUCUUCUUGGAGAAUCUGGGUGUCAGAGACUUCAUAAGGCUGGAACUUAGUUCUCCCUAUACAGUGAACUUGACUUUUGACCUAGGGGAUGGACCAGUAAUUAUUACCGUUCAGGCACCUGUAGCCCUGAAUGAUCGUCAAUGGCAUUAUAUCCGUGCUGAACGAAAUGUGAAAGAAGCUUCUCUACAGGUUGACUCUCUGCCACUGAAGCUAAAUGAAGCACCAUCUGAGAGACCCUACCGGCUUCAGCUCAGCAGUCAACUCUUUGUGGGAGGAACAGCUUCUAGGCAGAGGGGCUUUCUGGGCUGCUUACGUGCCCUCAUCAUUAACGGGGUGACCCUUGACCUGUAUGAACGUGCAAAGACCACCCCGGGGGUGAAUUCAGGCUGCCCGGGUCACUGCACCAGCGACAGCGUCUGCCAUAACGGAGGGAGAUGUGUCGAAGAGAGGAGCAGUUACACCUGCGACUGCACACAGACAGCCUUCGACGGGCCACACUGCAGAACAGCUCUAGCAGCUUCCUUUGAAAGUGGAUCUUCAGUCCUGUACACUCUUCAGGAGCCAUUUUCCGGAAUACUGAAUGAGGAAGCCAGAAGAUCACCGGCCGGUUUCCAUGACGCAGAAGUUACCAAAUCUCAAGAGAAGGUGUCGUUUGGAUUCUUGACUCAUCAUGUGCCAGCCUUGAUCCUGACAGCUCACACUCUGGACCAGCACUAUAUGGCUGUUAUGCUAACAUCAAACGGCAGCCUGCAAAUACGAUACUUGUUGAACAAAGAAAAACGAACAGAAAAGUUCAGCCCAGUGUCAUCCAGUCUAGCAGACGGACGGUUUCACUGGGUCAAAAUCAAUCGAAAGGGACAGGAGCUGUUUGUGCAGAUUGACAACACAAUAACCCAGCAGUACAGCCUGUCUCCUGGCUCUGCUCUCAGCCCGGCGAGGUCUGUGAUUCUAGGGAGAAUCCAAGGUAGUGACAUUACUGAUAAGGAGCUGGUCCAGGCAGGAUUGAGAGGGUUUAUUGGCUGCCUGUCCUCUGUGCAGUUUAAUCAGGCUACCCCUCUGAAGGCAGCCCUGCAAAACAGCCAGAGCCCGUUAGUUACUGUUAUCGGCCGUCUGGAAGCAUCAAGUUGUGGGACGAUAUCCAGCUUGAACACUUUGAGCAAUACACACACUCACUCAGAUGACUCAGCAAAAACAGACCAAGGCAAAGACCCACUUAAAACGGCUGAUCAAAAUGACUUAGCACUAAUCGGAGGAGUAGUGGCUGCAGUGGUGUUCAUCACCCUCUGUGUGCUGGCUAUCAUCAUCCGCUUCCUAUAUCGACACCGACGGACUCCAGCACCCUCUGUAAUCACCGGAAAGACGCACCGCCCCAGCAUGGAGCAUCCACCAUACCGAGCUGCGCUGGACCUGCACAAACCCAACCACGACAGCAAAGAAUACUACAUCUGACCUCACCAUGUCGUGCCUGGCCUUUAAUCGAACAGCCUGUCGCCAGUGUACAUGCUAGCAACCCCACCGCACUGUAUUAUCUACACUGCAAGCUGAGCAGCCAAUCAGAGGCCAGCAAUGACUCAACAGGCUGGGAACAAGAAAUUACAACAGAGACAUUUUUGUUUGUUUGCUUAUUUUCUAUGAAGAGAGUAAAGCUUGCGUGAAAGUAAGUGUGUGCCGGCCUCCUGGAUGAUGACAGAGCUGUAUAUUGUUAUUUUAUGGGCAUAAUAAUAGGUUAUACAUGCACAGCACACACACUUUCCAAGCAGAAAGCACAGCAGGAGGGCUGAAGCAUCAGUCUGAAUUGUCUUUAUCCAGUGUGCCUGCUCAAACCUGUCUGUCUCAAAGCCCGAAUAUAGAGUGGGCUUAAGCUAAUGGACUGAAACCCCAGCGGAGAGGGUUCUGAGAGAAUGGUUUUGUGGCAGGGCGGCGGACCUUCCCAGACGUUGUUUUUAAAGGAUCGACCAUCGCUCAACAUGGAAAAAAAAAAAAAAAAGAUUAAAGACGUCGGCAUCCGACAACACCGGAUUUGAUGUUGAAACUAUUGACUGGUGCAAGGAGCCGCUAAAGGCUGGGAUUAACCACUAAAGGACAAUAAGAAUAUAUCAGCGGCGGCUGAGGGAUGGAAUAUGAGUCAUUUGUGUGUAUCCCAAUUCCCAUGGGCCGGGCAGAUUCAGGCAGUUUAAUUCUCUAUCCCACCGUAAUCGAGCCGGUCUCGCAAAUGAGCGUACCCAGCGUGCCCCGGGAACGAAGUCUCGUCCUUAUUGAAGUGCAUUAUAUCU